CUUUUAGUACACCAGCGGCAGUUUUCUACUGUCCGUCAGAGUUCUGGGUAAUAAUGCGGCUACAGUGCGUUGGGUCGUUUACGAUGACAGUCGCAAAUCUCGAAUCAGAAUUCCGAAAAACGAGGGCACAAAAACGCGAGUCUUCUUUGUUUGCUGCUGCCAUCGUUCUGAGUGGGGGUAAUUUUGAACGGGCAGUUGGUGAUUGACGAGUCGAGGGUUGUUGACGAACGUUCGAUUGUUGGCAAUGUUGGUAGGUGUUGCAAGGGAGUAUAAUAAACGUUGCCACUAUGGGGCAGACUUGCUGUGCAUUCGUCGAUUGAAUACGUUAACGUAACUGCAUGUCAUGUGAGAUCGAGUGAAAAAUACCGCGCACGGACACGGAUUUGAGUUUUCUGCAUCAUGGGGAUCGCAGAGUCAUCGUCGGAAUAUGUUGUGAUAAAUGCAGUCGAAAAGGCUCGAGAUUGGCCUUAAUGCGUUGCGAAUUGCGAAAUUGUUGUUUUUUGGUGAAGUGAGUUUAGUGCAAUUAAUUCAAGCGGUGCGAAAUGGGAAACGUCAAAAGGGCCGCGUGCGGUAACCGCGGCAACCGCGACGCUCCGAGGUUAAAACAAGCUGCAGCAGAUCCAGUUCGGUGAGUGCAAAAUCAUCGUCGUCGGUUAUCGUCGUCGCCGCGGCCAACCAAGAUGCUGCAGACGUACCAGCCGAAGAAGCACGAGGUCGUGACGAAGGAGCUGCUGCUGAGCCUGGCGAACGAGCAGCAGCCGCGCAGGAAGCGCAAACGCAACAUCAACUCGCUCGACCAGGUGCAAGAGAUCAGGCUUGAGUAUAGAAGCAUCCUCAAAAUAGACUGCCUGUGGCCGCUGUCGAAUCUGGUCAAGCUCAAGCUCAACAACAACGACAUCGAGAAGAUCGAGAAUCUCGACAGUCUGGUGCACCUGUGCGAGCUUGAUCUCUCCUUCAACAAGAUCAAGAAGAUCGAAAAUCUCGACAACCUCAAAAUGAUCCACGUAUUGUCGCUCUACGCCAACGAGAUCGAAGUGGUCGAGGGUCUCGACAGCAUGACCCAUCUAAGCAUACUAAGCCUGGGCAAAAACAGCAUCUUUGAUCUCGAGCACGUCCUGUACCUGCGCAAGUUUAAGGAGCUGCAGAGCUUGCAAAUGGUCGGGAAUCCAUGCACCGAGCGCAGCGGCUACACGAGCUACCUCCUCGCCUUCGUGCCGCAACUGGUCUAUUAUGGCUACAAAAUGAUCAGCUCUAAGCAGAGGGAGGACGCCGCCGAACGACACAGACGAGCGCUUGCCAAUGUCCUCGAGGCCGAGGCCAAAAAACAAAAGGAACUGGAAGUAGUGCAACACCAGGAGGACAAGGUGGCCCAACUCUCCAAGUCGUACGUUGAGUAUCUCGACGAGGAUUGCCUCUUUGACCUCAUGUACGAGAACGACGAUGACGGGAAGAUUCUGGCCAAGCUGAACCAGGAAACCGAGGUAGCCAACGCCCAGUACCGGCAGCGCUUCUCGGCCGUCUGCCACGAACUGUUCGAGCUCGGACUCAAGGAGGACCAGAAGCGCCGAGCCGAGAUCGACGCUCUCAACAGCGUCGUCGAGGCCAGCAUCUGCGCUGCCACGAUCAAGGCUCGCAAAAUCAUGGACAGCGUCCAGAGCAAGAGGGCCGAAAUCAGCGUGCGCAUAACGCAGAUGUUGCGCGAGGCCGCCAUCAGCGCCGAGGACGCCGAUCUCGACGACGAGACCAUCGACCAGAUCGACAAGCUGGCCAAGCAGCUGUCCAACGAGUUCCACGCCUACGUGAACAACGUCUGGAAAAAGCUCAUGCGCGAGGAGACGCUGCUGCACGAGCAGAUCGAGGAAAUGAGUAAAAUGUUCGAAAUCAACAUCAACGACAUGGUUUCAGCUUUCCUGGAGCUCGCACAGGACUUUUUCGCUCGUUUACGCUCCCUGGAAACCGAGUACAAUGAGACUCUGGUGCCGAUCGUUGUGGCUUUCUUGGGUGCCGUUGACGAGGAGGACAAGACUCCAUUUUUGAUAUCCAUAAUUGAUGACAAAGAUGCUUUCAACAAUUGCCUCGCCGGCUCGCAUUUUUCCCACUUACAGGUCAUAGAUGAUCGGCAAGACCGUAUGCUGAAUCGUCUGAAGGACUGGCAAGCUACGUUUUUGAAAAAUUUGGUCGACGAUGAAAUUGAAAGGAGUCGCAGCCGCAUCCUUGAAAUAUCACACUAUUUGAAUUAUCAUCGUGAAAAUGCCACUGUAGCUAAGAUUCUCGGUCAGCAAUCUUCGCAACUUGAACAUCUUUCCGAAGAGCACGAAGAAGAUCUCGAAGAAGAUCAGGAUGAAGCUAAGGAGGCCUUGCCGGGUGACAACGACAGUAAUGUUACUUUAAUUGAUCUUUAAUUUUUUUACCUUGAAUAUAUAUUUU